ACCAGCUGAACGCAAACAUUUUCCAGAAGCCAACUUGUCUCCUGUUGAAAAGUUGAACCCUUCUUCUUCAUGUACCCCACUCCUCCACCUAAUUAAUAUAUACCUAUCGACUCUCUUCAUCUCCACCAUUCUUCACCGACAGACAGAAAUAUCAUCAUCUGUAUCUUACAUUGGCUGUUUUUAUUCUUCUGCAAGAAACCAGAGAAAAGAAAAAAAAAACAAAUUUAGGGAUGGGUUUCUUAGAGUUAUUGGAAGUGGCUUCGAUGCCUAUAGUCCAAGUUCUCCUAAUCAGCGUCCUUGGUGCUUUCUUGGCAACCGAUUACUGCUCUCUUCUCUCGGCUGAUACCCGAAGAUCCGUAAAUAAGCUCGUCUUCGUGGUCUUCACCCCCUGCAUCAUGUUUGCCAAUCUUGCCCAGACUGUCACAUUGCAGGACAUUAUUUCAUGGUGGUUCAUGCCUAUAAAUGUUGGAAUCACCUUUCUAGUAGGAGGUAUUCUUGGAUGGUUGGUUGUCAAGCUGCUCAACCCAAAACCCCAACUUCAUGGUCUCAUAAUCGCGACAUGUGCCUCAGGCAAUAUGGGAAACCUUAUGCUUAUUCUGGUCCCUGCCAUUUGUGAUGAGGAAGGCAGUCCUUUUGGGAAUCGAAGUGUCUGCAGAUCCAUUGGACUAUCCUACGCAUCUUUCUCUAUGGCCCUCGGGGGUUUCUAUAUUUGGACAUACAGUUACCAACUUGUGAGAAGCUCUGCUACGCAGUUCAGAGCUCUUGAAGCCGCCGGUUUGGCCAAGUCUCCCAACAAGGAAAUCGACUCUGAUCCCCGGACUCUUCUCCUGAAGCCGCAACAAAACCAAGACCUUGAAAUCCAAGUGAAAGAAAAGGUGUCUACGGGGACAUACAUCAAAGACUUGCUCCAUCAGAUUCUUGAGGAACUCUUUGCGCCACCCACUAUUGGUGCCAUUCUUGGUUUCGUCUUCGGAGCAACCAAUUGGCUGAGGAAUCUUAUAAUCGGGGAGAAUGCCCCGUUACGAGUCAUCCAAGAUUCAGUGAAACUACUUGGGGACGGCACAAUACCUUGCAUCACACUCAUACUUGGGGGCAACCUGAUUCAGGGUCUGCGUUCCUCAGCCGUGAAAACGUCAGUGAUUGUGGGAGUGAUCUGUGUGAGGUAUAUCAUCCUUCCCGUGGUGGGUGUAGGGGUGGUUCAAUUAGCAUGGAAUUUAGGUUAUCUUCCUCCGGACCCUCUCUUCCGAUACGUUCUCAUGCUUCAGUUCACACUUCCACCUGCCAUGAAUAUCAGUACAAUGGCACAGCUGUUCGACGUCGCUCAAGAUGAGUGCUCGGUCAUCUUUUUGUGGACCUAUUUGGUUGCAUCCUUAGCCCUCACCGUGUGGUCAACCAUAUUCCUCUCUAUUCUCUCCUGAAUCUGCAAAUGGUUGUAUUACUUGUAUUGGUGUAUAUUAAGUACUAUGUUUGGUUUGUUUGAGUACCAGUGUAUUCAUGUUGCAAAAUAAAACAGAGAAAGAAGACCUAAAAGAAGUCUUGUCUCUGUUUUCUUUUCUUUUCUUUUUUUCUAAAAAUGAGGUCCCAUAGAGAGAGAGAGAACCCAAGUAGGAGGAGAGGCGUGUUGAAGUUGAGCACAUAAUAAAGAAAGAAAUGUGCGCGCGGUUGGAUCUUCCAAUGUUACUUUGCUGCUAGUGGUUCGCCCCUUUUCACUAAUUUCAGAAACUUCUACGCACUUUUCCUCCCCGCCUUAACUAUAUCGUUCUGUAAUUUUUUUUUACAUUUAUUAAGAUUUUUAAAC